UUAGGGGAAGCUAUAGAGUUAAUGAGUCACCCCCCCCCCUUUGUUCUGACUCGAGUCAGCUCUGUGGUUUAACGGACAGAAAGUGAGACGCUGCCGAGACGAAGACACGCUGACUGACUGUCACUAAAUCUGAUCACAUGACCUCCACGGACGACAUCAUGACGGCGUUCACCACAGAGGACCCGUCCUCCAUCAGCGCCUGGGCCACCACCGAGGAAGAAGACUACAGCGACUACGACCACCUGUUCUGUGACCGGGAGUCGGUGCGAGCGUUCAGGCGCCGCUACGAGCCGCCGCUCUUCUGGAUCAUCGCCGUGGUGGGCGGCGCCGGCAACAUGGCCGUCGUCUGGAUCUACCUGAACUUCCGUCGGCGUCUGAAGACCAAAACGGACGUGUACCUGCUGAACCUGGCGCUGGCGGACCUGCUGUUCCUCGUCACGCUGCCGCUGUGGGCCGCCGAGGCCGCCGGCGGCGCCUGGAGCUUCGGCCCCGCCCUCUGCAAGCUCAACUCCGCCCUCUACAAGGUCAACCUGUUCAGCGGCGCGCUGCUGCUCACCUGCAUCAGCGCGGACCGCUACGUGGUCAUCGUGCGCUCGGCGAAGGCCCAGAACUCGCAGGCGGAGCGUCGGCGCCGCAGCCGGCUGGCGGUCGCUGCCGUGUGGCUGCUCGCUCUGCUGCUCGCCACGCCGGAGCUCGUGUUCGCCACGGUCGCCGACGUGGACUCGACCUGCAGGAUGGUGUUCCCUCCACACCUCGGGAACCGAACCAAGAUCCUGGUCCGGGCGCUGCAGGUGAUCUUCGGCUUCUGCGUGCCGUUCGUCGUCAUGGCGUUCUGCUACAGCGUCAUCGUGGCCACGCUGCUGAAGACCCGAAGCUUCCAGAAGCACCGGGCGAUGCGCGUCAUCCUGGCCGUGGUCGCGGCGUUCGUGACGACCCAGCUGCCGUACAACGCCGUGCUGGCGGUGCAGGCGUCGCAGGCGUCCAACGUGACCAUGGCGUGCGAGGAGAUGAAGCGCUUCGACACGGCGGGCCAGGUGCUGAAGAGCCUGGCCUACCUGCACGCCUGCCUCAACCCCUUCCUGUACGCCUUCGUCGGACGCCGUUUCCGCCGAGACGUCCUGCAGAUGCUGAGCGUCUGCCGCCCACGCCAGCGCUCUCCAUCGUCCAAUCAGAGCAAGAGCUGCCGCAGCUCCACCAGAGCCUCGGUGAUGUCAGACAGCGACACCUCGCAGGCGCUCUCGCUGUAGAGACGCACGCCAACAGGACAUUAACCCUAACCCUAACUCUUUUCCCGGGACUUUAUCAGACAGCGACUAACGCCACUUCCGGUGUGUGCUGUCAGCGGGACAUUAAGUCGAGUUUCCCAAACGUUCUCAGGUGUUUCCUGGACACUGAAUGUGAUGUAACUGUAGCUGCUGAUGUCGGACACAUCACAGGACGUCUGCGACAUGAAUUUGAUUGAUGAUUUCUCUCCCAGCUGCUGGUUGUUUAAUGUGAAUAUUUUAAGAAACAAUUUGGAAACGUGGCUGCUGCUAACAGAUGCAAACAGCUAUUGGCAUCUGUUACCAGCUGUUAGCAGCUGGUAACAGAUGCUAACAGCUGGUAACAGAUGCUAACAGAUGGUAACAGAUGCUAACAGAUGGUAACAGAUGGUAACAGAUGUUAGCAGCUGGUAACAGAUGCUAACAGCUGUUACCAGCUGUUAACAGCUGGUAACAGAUGCUAACAGAUGCUAACAGAUGGUAACAGAUGCUAACAGAUGGUAACAGAUGGUAACAGAUGCUAACAGCUGGUAACAGAUGCUAACAGAUGCUAACAGAUGGUAACAGAUGCUAACAGAUGGUAACAGAUGGUAACAGAUGCUAACAGAUGGUAACAGAUGCUAACAGCUGCUAACAGAUGGUAACAGCUGGUAACAGCUGGUAACA